AUGAGUACACUGAAAGAAGCUCUCAUAUCAAAUGCUCGUUUCGCUGUUGGUAAUGUUAGUGAGAGACAUGUGGUAAAACUUAUGGAUCCAACAAAUUUUAUUAGCGAUCGGUCAGGUAUAAAUGGCAAUGCUGGUAUUGAUGGUACACCCGGGAAUGAUGGGUCAAACGGUCGCAGCGGUGGCCGAGGCGGUAAUGGUGAUAAUGGAUGUGCUGGACAAUGUGGAAAAUCUGGUACAGAUUCUUUACACGCAUUGGUCCGAUUGAACGGAACAGUUGAAAAAUUAAAUAUGCAACUAAACAUAUUCAAAGAGUUAUACGAUUCAUCAGAACAGUCUGUUGGUAUUAACUGGAAUCUCGCUAAUUCCAUUAAGGAUGCCAACUAUGAUAUUCAAUUAGCUCAAUCGAAUGAGACCAUUCUUAUCAAAGCUGUAGGAGGUAAUGGAGGCAAUGGUGGCAAUGGUGGCAAUGGUGGCAAAGGAGGUAAUGGAGGCAACGGUGGUUGUGGUUGCGAUGGAAAAAAUGGGUCCAAUUCUUACAACCAAGGUGCUUCUGGUAAAGCAGGGGCUCCUGGUGGAGCAGGAGGGAACGGCGGCUCUGGAGGUAAUGGUGGUAACGGUGGAGCAGGAGGAAACGGAGGAAAUGCUGGUGCUGGUGGUUAUGUUCAGAUUCAAAGCGAAGAUCCUCGGUUAUUCAUGUUAAUUGAAGUAGACUACCGGGCUGGAAUGAAAGGUAAAGGCGGUAAGGGUGGAAAAGGCGGCUCUUACGGCGUCGGUGGUCGAGGUGGAGAUGGUGGUAGUGGUGGUGGCGGUGGUAGAGGUGGACCAGGUGGCUCCGAUGGUUUAUGCGGUAAAGAUGGCGCAGAUGGUACAGAUGGUGCUGCCGGUAGCCGUGGUAGCUAUGGUCGUAAAGGCAGUGAUGGUCCCAUUGGUAAUGAUGGUCGUACUGCCACUAAUGGCUCAAUUCAAUAUGCUAUAGUGGGCAUAGAUGGCAACGUUAUUGAAAAAGGAACUGAUAAAUAUCACGCCAGCGUUUUGGAUUACACUAUGACUGAUGAAAAUAAAGAUGAAAUUUACGAACCUGGCUCAGAUUUUUUUAUUACAAAUGUGAAAUGGACAAAUAAUGGGGCGAUGAGCUUGCCCAGUGGAUCUAUAUUAUCAUUUCCAUCUACGAAAUAUAUUUCUAGUGACAUCAAUGACGUUAGUGUACUCACAGGCGCUAACAUCAAUCAAACAAUGAUUGAUCCCCAUCGAUUUAGAUGUCGUCUGAAUCCGGCAACAACUGUUUCAAUCGAUAAACCGUACAUGCGUUCCGUAGAAAUAACAUCAGAAAUCAAUCUAUUAAAUCGUUCAUUUACUGGCAGUCACGUUCCAACUACUUUCAAUUGUCAAUAUCCGAUACAAAUUAGAAAUGUUGAACUCCCAAAUUUUCUGGGUCCCAAUCAAGAAGCUACGAUUAAAAUAACUUUGGCUAAUAUUUCUACGCGACCAUACGGUACAUGCCAGGAAUCAGCUGGUUCAAUAGAAUUAAUAUUCUUUGCUGACUCUUUAAUAGAAAUUUUAUCUGGAACUGUAGAACAGCCGUAUGAAAUAAAGCGUACAGGAGAAGGUUGCUAUAAAAUCAAUGGGGAAAUUUCACCUAAAUCCACAAAGGACAUUUAUUUUAAGUUUAUUUUAGAUGACGAUGCUUCUCAUCAACUUUAUGAAAGUUUAAAUUGGCAUAUUCAUCUUCUAUUACGUGGUACAUUAAUUGAAAAGCGUGAAGAUAAAAUUCGAGUUGUACCAGAAUUUAAUCCCGAUGUUAAAACCGAUGUACUUCUAGUUACGAAUUUUCAAACUAAUCGAAGUGAAUAUCUUGCAUACGAGAAAUUAUUUAAAUUAUUUAAAUAUUCCAGUCAAAUAUGGAGUAUUGAACGCUAUGGGUCAUUUCAUCAUUCAGGAAUACAAUGGUUGAAUACAGCAAGUUUAAUUAUUUUUAUUUGUACAAAUUCUAAAUCCGCAUUUAAUAUAAUCAAACCUCAAUUAUUUUUACAGCAUAUGAAUUCUUCUGAGAAUGCUGGUUUUAUCUGUAUUGGCGAUUGUCUACCAAGCGACUUUGAUUUUGCUGUGUUCGAUUACAACAAAUUUCAAUUUAUUGAUAGCAAAAAGAAAAUCAAGUGCGACGCUUCAAAUCAUCUUUGGUCAAGUUUUGGAUGCAGACAGCCUGACGUCGAGAAAUUGAAUGCGAUGGCCAAUGAGCUUAGAGCAGAUUAUGAAAAACAAGAAGAUCACACGUUUCUAUAUCAGGUAGUCUACGAUGAUACAGAAGAUGCUUGUUCGCAACAUUGCAUGGCCGCUGCUUAUGGUAAAAAGUAUGUGUAUAAAUCUACUUUGAACUUCCAAGUUGGUAACCGAUUCAUUGUGGUAAAUAGUAAGUCUCCUUUGUUAACCGAUUCCCGUUUACCAUUCAAAUUGCAAGCUCCAUUGAAUAUGAAUCAACAGGAUAAAGUUGUCCCUUCUUGUGAAAAUACGAUUGGUAUUAAUAAAAUAGACAGCACAUCCCAAAUUGAAGAAGUUAUCAUUCAAGAUGCAAUUCAUAUGAAUUCACAAGUUGGGAGAUUAUUAUGUGCGAUAUUAUUUUAUCAAGGAUUUGAAAAAUCUCUUCAGAUGAUCCAUGAAAAAUCCACAUUAGCAAGGUGUAUAUUUGCAUUAGAUUCGAGUGAAUUCAGUUUUAGUGAGAUUGUAGUCAGCUUGGCAAUGUCAAUUAUUGAACGCGAAUACGAUCGGGGAUCUCUAGAAUUCCUUUCAUCAAAACGAAUAGUGAAGCAAGCAGUUAAUAUGAGUGAGAAAGUAAAUAAUAUUACUGGGAUAAAGGCCAUGGAGGGAUGUAACAAUAACUGGUUGUAUUUACUAAUUCAAUCAUUAUACGAAUUCAUUCACAGUAAAUCUUUGAUGCUUUUUCCUUGGCAUGCUUACACAAAUAAAGCAAAACAACAGCAAAAAUUAAAAUAA